AUGUUCUACUCGACGACGACUAUUCCUCCACCAGGGUCGGACGCGCACGUCGAACUACAACAGUCUCUUCCUGGAACGAUACAGGCUCACCGGUGCCACAUUUUCCUCAGAUCUGACAAGCGACCCACCGAGUUCCCGGAGAAGUAUAUAUCUCCCAUCCACCGUGCUCUGCUGCUCCGGUUUUUCCGACAAGGUGUCAUCGCCAACUCGGCUUGGUAUCCCGACGCUUCCGCCUCCGACGUCCCUGCUGCAACGGUUUUCACACCUCUCGCUGGGAGACUUGAUAUACCCGAGGUAUCCUUGGAGAAUAUUGAUGCUGUUGAGAAGCGGAUAAAGGCGCAUUUGGAGCUUGAAGGGCCGGUGUCGAAGGAGACUGGAAGACUGGUGGAUUUGUAUGUGUGUACGCAUGCUGCGAGGGAUUGUAGGUGUGGGGAGAUGGGUGGGUUAGUUGCGAAGGCCCUUAGGGAGGCUGCGGAGGAGUGGAAUAAGAGUAAGGGGGCUGAGGGUGUGAGAGUGAGGGUUGGAGAGGUUGGGCAUGUUGGUGGACAUAAGUAUGCUGCGAAUGUGUUGGCGUAUCCGCAUGGCGAGUGGUUUGGUAUGGUUCGCCCAGAACAUGCUUUAAAGUUGCUGGAGACACUUGUUUCUUCACCUAUUCGUCCGUUGACGGAGAGAGAUCCGCCAACGUGGAGGUCGCAUUGGCGCGGACGGAUGGGGUUAGGAAAGGAUGAACAAAUAGAGCUGUUCAAAUUGACCCAAUAG